CAUCCCUUCUCCCUUAUGAUGGAUGAGUCAAUCCACUCCUCUUUGAACAGGGCUCUCAACUCCAAGGAAGGGACACCCUCUUCUGAGGAGAGUGGUUGGACCAUGUACUUUGAGGACUUCUUGGCAUCAGAGAGGAAGGAAGAAGAUGGUUGCUCUUUUAGCAUUGCGGGAGGGUCCUCCAUCUCUGAUGCUGCUUCAUGUGUUGCAUGGAAGCCUUCUGCCGGUGCUGAGACCACAAAGAGCUGCAAAAAGCUCAGCUUUAAGAAGAGGAAGGCAAAGGGUGUCUUGGAUGAUGACUCUCUGGAAGAUACUGCUAGCUCUCCUGUUAAUAGUCCCAAGGUUAGUGAUUUGAAUCGUUCAGAUGUGCAACCAAAUAAAAAAGAUGACGAUCAUAAGGGGAUUCCUCAGGAGGAAGGUGUUGGUUGUGGGAAUGACUUGGAGCUGAAAAGAGAUGUUGUAAAUGAAUUGGGUUUUAUUGAGGGGACCAAUGAAUGUACAGAGCUGAAGAAAAGAGGGCUUUGCCUCCUUCCUUGGUCCAUGUUAGUAAACUAUUUUGGAUAAACAUUCCUAUCAAAUA